AAGGAGAUUAAUAUGCUUCUUUCUCAAGUGAAGAGCCUGGAGAGAAAGACAGACUUUCUUCAAGAGGAACUUUCCAGGAAAUCCUUGGUGGCAGAGAAUCUGCUGAAGAAACUAGAAUCUCUGUCGGUAGAGUCCACAAACAGCGAGCACAAGCUAAGCUGUCUUGGAGAAGAGAAGGAAAGACUGAUUACCAGGUUGCAGAUUUUUGAGGAAAACGUCCGUAGACUAGAAGAGUUGUUAAGACAUAAAACUGACGAGCUUGAGGAUGGAAGGAAGAUUCUGGAAGGAUACCGUAAAAAACUCAAUUUGACUGAGAUAGAAUUGCUGGAGAAGAAACAACAGCUAGCUGAUGAUGAGAAAGAAAAGAAGUUGCUUUUGGAGAAAGUAAGAACCUUGGAGAAGGAAGCUAAUAAAAUGCAUAAACAGCUUGGAGAACGAGGUUGCAAGUUCCUUGGAGAAAGAGGGGAGUAUGAAGCUUUAUGUUGCCAGAAAGAAGAAAAAUCACCCGCGUUAGCUUUGGAGAGAAAGAGAAGAAAAGAGGCGUAUGAUGCUUACAAAAGGCUAAAAUCUCAAUAUAAUUUCCUCUGCAAGAGGUUCGGCCUUUCUGCUGACUCUGUUCUUCACCAAGAUCUUGAGGAAACUAAGCAA